AUGGGUGUCCUCAGCGACAAGCCGCAGUACUACCAGCCCUCGGACAAGCCGGGCCCCAAGAACGGGCACCACUCGGAGCCGCACCCGCAGUAUGCCUCCGUCUUCCUGCCCAUGAAGGAGCAGGCCGCGCCGCUCUGGGCCAACGGCACCGUCGAGAUGAUCAAGCAGGUCUUCCGCGAGGCGCCGCCCGCCAUCCCCGAGGGCUGCCCGGAGCCCGACAGGGACAUCAAGAUUCAGUACACCAAGGCGCCCGCGCGCGACGGCGCCCUGCUCGAGCUCAAGGUGUACCAGAGCGUCAGCGUGCAGAGCAACGCGGCGCUCGUGUUCCGCAUGCACGGCGGCGGCUGGACCGUCGGCGGCCACGAGAUCGAGGAGGCGGAGAACAGGUUCAUUGCCGGGCUGGGCAACGUCGUUGUUAUUAGUGUGGACUACAGGAUGGCCCCCGAGUUCCCUUUCCCUUACGCCCUGAACGACAGCUACGACGUCCUGCUAUGGCUGAAGCGCAACCCCGGCCGCUUCAACAUCAACAGCGAAAAGAUCAUCCUUGUCGGUAGCAGCGCUGGCGCCAAUCUGGCAAGCAUCGUCGCCAUCAAGGCGCGAGACGAGGGCGUCACCGGCAUCGUCGGCCAGGUGCUCUCCAUCCCCGUCACCUGCCACCCCAAGUUCUUCGACCAGGUGCCCAACAAGGAGCGCUACGAGCUGCUCAGCUACGCCCAGAACCACGACGCGGCCCUGGUCGACUCCCCGGCGAUGGAGUGGUUCUGGGACUGCUACGUGGGCAAGAAUCCGAGCCCGGACCCCAUGCACUCCCCGCUGCUGUCGACCAACCUCCGGGGUCUGCCGCCAGCGAAGGUUCUAAUCGAGAUAUCAGUCGUGCUUGUUGCUGGGAAAGAUCCUCUACGGGACGAGGGCAUCGCCUACGGCGAGGCGCUCAAGGCGGCGGGCGUGCCGACGGAGCUGCGGGUGUACUCUGGUCUCCCGCACGGCUGGCACAUGGGCUUCUCGCUGAAGGAGUCCAAGGACUACUACGACAGGGUGCUGGCAUUCAUCAAGGAGCGUGUGGCCAACGGCCGCAGCUCAAAGCUCCAAGUCAAACGAAGCGUCGAUCUGCGAGGCGAGCACGCCGGCCGCGCCCCUCAGGCCCUCGGGCACCUUCUCCGUGAUGGCGGCGCUCAGGCAGUCGGUCGCGUCCUUCUCGAGCUUGAGGUUGCCCAGGAUGACGGGGCUCAGCAGCGCGCGGUCGAACCGGGGCCGGGCGGCGAUGAGCGCCGUCAGCGUGGCGUUGACGUCCCCCGCGAGCUGGCUGACCGUGCCCGCGACGGUGAAGGCCUCGAUGUCGUUGAGCGGGUCGGAGCGCUUGGCGACGCCCGUGGCCGAGGCGAUGUCGGCCAGCAGCUCGACCGACUGCGCGACGAUGGGGCCCGUCGCCAGCAGCCCGCCGUCCCAGGACUUGACGGCCUCGCCGAGCUGGACCGUGUCGGCGGCCACCUUGUCCAGGGCGGCGACGAUGGCGGCGCCGUCGGCGAGCACGGAGGCGGCCAGGAGGCCGGCGGUGGCGAGGACCUUGGCAAAGAGCAUCGUAGGUCGUUUGAUACCGUGGUUGUGGCUGGGACUGCUGCGUAUUGCCUUGGUGACUGGCUGCGAACCGAAUGCAACUUGGAGAUCGAGACAGGUCCCAGUUUAUAUCCAUCAUCCUGGGGAGCGCGGGGCCCCGGACAGAUCCCCCCAUCGUCAACUCGGCUCGUGUCCAUGUCUCGUUUCAAUUUGGCAUAUGAAAGUUACAUCCUUACUUACCCCGCGGCAACGCCCUCUAGAAGAGUCGUUAUUCCAGCUUUUCCCGCUGUUUGCAAGGACAUCCCCGGCCGCAUCGUUGCUGUCGAUCAGCUGAACGGCAUAUCCCUUCCCGAAGCGGCAGGUAGGCCUAGCUCGCCCCUUGGGAAAUUCAUGGGGACGAGGAUCCGAAAACCCAACGGUGCUCCGCGCUUGACGGACUAG